CACCAUAUUUGCGGGCAACUGUUCAUAACUGUAUAGCUGCUGAUAACAAACAAAAGACAGUUCGCGUUUCGGUGGCAAGGACACCUGGUGGUUGCCGGUUCUCCUCGCCUGAUUCAAGAGCACUUGUCUGUGGUUUACCGUGGUAUCUCUCGUUGCCACGAGUAGACCCAGCGAUCGCCAUGCCUGGGUCAUCGUAAUCUCUUGGCAGUAGUUUUGCGUGGACAGCGCUUCCCUGAGGCCUCGUUCCCCGCCAAGCUUGAAGUGUCCUUCAGGCGGCUGUGUCAGCCGGCCGGUGUGCAGACAAACGCCCACGCCCCCCUCCUGUUACCUGUUUGUCAACCAUGGCAUCCUACAUGGACGUUGACGUUCCACACAUUGAGGAAUUACUGAAACACGAUCCUUACCUUAAGAAUCACGAGAACGAGAUCAGGCGAAGAUAUAAGUGCUUUCAAGACCAGUUGCUGGAGAUCGAGAACAGUGAAGGGCUGCUGCAGUUUUGCAAAAGUUACGAGAGGUAUGGAAUGCACCGCCUGCCGGACAACUCGAUACAUUUUCUCGAGUGGGCACCAGGUGCCGAAGCGGUGUUCCUGCGUGGAGACUUCAAUUCAUGGGAGAGGUUGACGCAUCCCUUCAAGAAGCUUCCCUAUGGCAAGUGGGAACUGACCUUGCCCCCAAAGCCCGAUGGCUCCUGCCAAAUCGCCCACCUUGACAGAAUCAAGAUUGUCGUCCUCGUCAAAGGCACAGGGGAGCUUGCGGACAGGAACAGCCCUUGGGCGACGUACGUUGUCCGGGAUCAGAAUGUCCCCCAGUAUGGGCAGCGCUUCUGGGAUCCUCCAGAGGAUGAGCGUUACAAAUUCAAGCAUCCCAAGGUACCGCUGCCCAAGAGCCUUCGCAUUUAUGAAUGCCACAUCGGCAUUGCAUCUGAGGACUACUGGGUUGCUAAUUAUGCAAAUUUCAAGGACAAUGUUCUUCCUCGAAUCAAGCAUCAAGGUUACAACGCAAUCCAGAUCAUGGCUAUCAUGGAACACGCAUAUUACGCAAGUUUCGGCUAUCAAGUAACAUCAUUUUUUGCAGUUUCCAGUCGAUACGGCACUCCGGAAGAGCUGAAAGCGCUUGUGGAUCGUGCGCACGAGUUGGGCAUCUACGUGCUGCUGGACGUGGUGCACAGCCAUGCAUCCAAGAAUGUCCUGGAUGGCCUGAACCAGUUUGAUGGCACCAACAACUGCUUCUUUCAUGACGGAGGCCGUGGAACGCACCCGCUGUGGGACAGUCGGCUCUUCGACUACACACAAAUGGAAACACUGCGCUUUCUGCUCUCCAACUGCUACUGGUACCUACAGGAGUACCAGUUUGAUGGCUUCCGCUUUGAUGGUGUUACUUCGAUGCUGUACCAUUCGCACGGCAUGGGACACGGCUUCAGUGGAGACUACAACGAGUACUUUGGCCUCAACACAGACACGGAAUCGCUUGUCUACCUCAUGUUGGCUAACUACAUGAUCCACAAGUUAUUCCUCAAUGCCAUCACCAUUGCAGAGGAUGUAUCGGGCAUGCCAGCUUUGUGCCGACCUGUGGACGAAGGAGGCGGGGGCUUUGAUUUCCGCCUAGGAAUGGCAAUUCCCGAUAUGUGGAUUAAGCUCCUAAAGGAGCAUAAGGAUGAGGACUGGAACAUGGGGAACAUUGUGCACACGCUGAGCAAUCGCCGAUGGAUGGAGAAGACGGUUGCCUAUGCGGAGUCUCACGACCAGGCUCUCGUCGGGGACAAGACGUUGGCCUUUUGGUUGAUGGACAAGGAGAUGUACACCAACAUGUCUGUGCUGACCGAGCUCACUCCCGUCAUUGACCGCGGCCUCGCCCUGCACAAGAUCAUCCGCAUGAUAACUCAUGGCCUCGGUGGUGAAGCGUGGCUCAACUUCAUUGGGAACGAGUUUGGUCAUCCAGAGUGGCUGGACUUCCCACGUGUAGGCAACAACGAGAGCUACCACCAUGCCCGGAGACAGUGGCACCUCGUGGAUGACAAUCUGUUGCGCUACAGGUUCCUCAACAACUUUGACCGUGCCCUCAACGAGACUGAGGACAAGUACCACUGGCUACCUGCACCACCAGGCUAUGUAAGCUGGAAGCACGAAGAUGAUAAGGUGAUCGCUUUUGAGAGGGCUGGCGUUCUCUUCGUGCUCAACUUUCAUCCUUUCAAGAGUUUCUCAGACUACGAAAUCGGCAUUGAAACGCCUGGAAAGUACAAGAUUGUCCUGGACUCUGAUGCGGAGGAGUUUGGAGGUCACAAGCGGAUUGAUCGGGGAGUGGAUAUCUUCACAUUUAACAAGCCAUUUGCCGGACGAAGAAACUCCAUCAAAGCAUACAUUCCCAGCAGAGUGGGACUCAUCUAUGCACGUGUAGACUGAUGUACAUCGGAUGCGUGUGGAAAAUAGCGCGACAUAUUGCAACUAGGUUUGCAGACACAUCAGCGCAGCAUUCACAAAUAAAUAGUACCUGCGAAUAGUGAUUUUUCUAAUUACUGUAGCUCCAGUGACCAGACAGAGAACUGUAUUAGUUUAGGCUUAUAAGCCUGGCAAUGCUUUUAGUUCGUUAACAGGCACUGGAAAGGUGGCAACAAUUUGUUUUGAAUAAAAUUUGCUAUUAGUCUUUCUAAUUGACA